AUAACGACAAUGGGAGAAGUUUGUAACGAGAAGAAGACGUGGCUUUUUGUUGUUUGGCGAACCUGCAACGUUGUGAUGUCGCAGUUCUUCGCUCUCGCCUCUUACGUUCAGAUUAAUGAUCCAGACGCGGGUUUAUGGAUGGUGGGUUACGGUGUCCCUGCAGUCCUCUGCGCCUUAAUUGGCUUCACACCGCACGUGACCGAGACUUUGACCUGGAGGCGAGUUGCAGACCUGCAUGUGAUGAUCUCCAGUGCAGUCAUCUCCAUGCUGGGAUGGAAACUUUACUCAGAGAAGAUCACUCAGAUCUUCCAGCAGGAGGAGGGCCGAGAGUUUUCUGGUCUGAUGCUGACGGUUGUUUGGCUUCUCUUGUGUCGACACUCUGGGAGGGCUCCUGUUGGGAAGCUACGAGUCUCCACAGCUGUCUCCAUCACAGUUUUCCCCAUCGUGGCCUGGCUUUACUACUACAUCAACAAGGAGCUGAGAUCAAACUGGCCUUCACAUUGUAAAACUGCUAUUUAGACAGCUGAACUUGACCGUAUUCUGUCUGAUAAAUCAUUCCUGAUUUUGCUGUUUGACUGAAAACCCAUCAUCAGUAGCUGCUGCUUUGGUUAAUUAAUUAAACUCAAAUUUAUAAGACCUGAAGUGCACUAAAAUGUUAAUUUUUGUUAAUAUAUUUUGUA